AGACGCUGAUGCAAUGAGUCCAAUGACACUGGAAUGAAGCCCAGGAGGAAACGGUGUUUAAGGCCCCCUCGUCUUCAAAAGGGGCAUAAAGCCGCGCGGGGUGAUAUGUAAUUAUGUAUCACCACUGCCCUAGCCCUGGCGGGCGUCAGUGGUAUUUCCACCGCUCUUCAAAAAUAAAAAAAAGGCCAAUUCUCUUUCUCUCUCAUCCAGGAAAAAAGAAAGAAAGAAAGAACAAAGAAAUUUACUGGUGUUGGCUGCACGAUUAUAGAUGGGGAGGAGGCAAAGGAAAAGGAUUAAAAGGAGUUGGGAAGGGCCUGUGGAGAAACUUCCUCUUGAGAUUCUUGGAGAUAUAUUGUCUCGGGUAAGAGUUGCACGAGAUGUGAUUAAAGCUUCUCUAACUUGUAAGAAGUGGCGAGAGGCUUAUUGCAAACACCUUCGUGCACUUUCGUUUGAUAUUGCCGAUUUUAAGGUUGUCAACGACCAAGAUCCUGUUCCACGCAUAGAAUUGUUUAUCACAAAGGCAAUUUUUCAAACAACCGCUUUGCGAAAGUUAUCGAUUCUGAUGGGCGCCAGGUACACGUUUUCAGCUGGUACAGUUGGGACUUGGUUAUUGUUUGUUAGAGAAACUUUGUCGGAGCUGGUUUAUAAGGAUGGAAAGUCUACCACAGUUAAUGUUCUUGAUAUGUUUGGAAGGAGAAAAUUGGAAAGUUUGAGUCUGUCUAAUUACAGAAUUGGAAGGGGUGAACUGAAUUUCGAAAGAUUUGCAUGUUUGACAUCACUAUCUCUAUGUCGUGUCAUUAUUUUAGUUGAAGAUCUUAAUCGAUUUCUCAAUGCUCCUCUCAAGCUUGAGUCUUUGAAACUUGAUUCUAUCUUCCUAGAACCUUCAUAUAAUGACUCAUGUGUCGAAUUCCAUUGUCCUACACUCAAGACCCUUUUUCUUGAUGACAUGAAACUAUAUCAGUUUAUGUUGGAGAGUAGUAGUAUUGAGUGUUUGCAAGUGAAAGAGUGCUAUUUCAGUUCGUUUGAAGUGCGCAGUAGUAAAACUUUGAGGGACAUCAAACUCUCGAACUCUGAGGCUGGGUUUUUCAAAAUUGAACAGACAGACAAUCUAGAGAGUUUUGAACUCACCAGGACUUGUGUUACCAAGUCAAAUUUGUUUCCAAUGAUGAUACAAGCACCAAAGUUGAAAAGGUUUCGCUUUUGGGGUUUUGAGGAAGAGUACAAGUAUAUUGUAAGAGGGGAUGAGGGGUCGGGAAUGGUGUUGGAUUUAGAACGAAUGGCUAUUUGUUCACCACAACUUAGCCAUCUUGCAAUAUUUUGCGACAAAAGACUUGAUGGUCUAGUAUACAAAUUCGGGGAUUCGACCUCCUUGGAGAAGGUCAGGGUUCUGGAGAUUGGAUGGGAUGGUUUUGAUGGGUUUGCUGAAUGGACAGAGAAAUUUCUGAAAUGUUGUCCAAAUGUGGAGAAGGUAAUUGUUCAUUGGGAUUUAUAUGUGGGUAAAAUACACCAAUUGAAUGAUCUUUCUGUUCAGUCCUCAUUAUUGGUUAAAAUGAUGAGCAAGUAUCAGCACAUAAAGAUGCAGUUUGCCUUCUUAUAUGCUUAGUGAAAAAGACUAUACUAGAAGUAAAACAUAGCAGAAGUAACAAAAUAAAAGUUUUAAUUUUUAUUCUCAAAAUAAGAAUUAUAAUGACAACAAUGUCUAUGAAAUGCCAAUGUACACUGUCAUAUUGUUAUAGUGCAAACUUUUAUUUUGACAUAAUAACAUGGAGCUCCUAUCUUAGCUCUUUUUCUAUGUUUUACUCCUAUUUUGAAUGAUUUCUUUAUAUGAUUAUAAUUUAGAUGAAUAGCCUCUAUAUUUUUUAACUGAGAAUAAUAUGAUUUUGAUUUU